UGCGCAUGCUUCGUCUCUAACGAGCGGCAGAUUAUAAACUGAGAUGUCAGCGACGUCUAGUCGAGCGAAGAAGGCACCAAAUAGGGAUGUGAUGAACAAAAGGAUCCCCACAAACCCUCGAUACCAACAUGUCAGAGCAACGGUCGAUACAGGAUCAAGCUUGUCAAAAUAUUUAGAGAAAAUGGAAGACAUAAAACGAAACUACAGGUACCGGAGAGAUGAGAUAUUCAGGCGGAUCAAAUCAACAACGUUUGUUCAACUGGUCAUUCAGGUGUUUGAUGCUGCUGGAGAUGAAGACCUUUCGUUUGAACGAGGAGAUGAAAAGGAAAAUGAAACAAUCCAUCAUCAGGCAAGCACUGGCAAUGCUCAUGAUAUUCCUCAACUUGAUCUUUCAAAAGUGUCAGCUGCUAUUGUUGAGGAAGAUGAGGCAUCUACUACUAGAUCAUCGCUUUCAGACUUUGUUCUUGGUUCUGGUGAGAUUAGAGAGCCAGUGGAUGUUCAGCCACCUGUUGUGCUUCAGUGCCCUUUUUUGCUACUGGAUGUGCGAGAGAAGGAUGAUUAUGAUCAAUGCCAUAUUAUUGGAGCACUCAACUAUCCAGCUGCUAUGCUGUCAAGAAGCUUCAACUACUUCACCAAAGAAAUACUGAGUUAUAAAAACAAGCCAGGACAUAUUAUAAUACUAUAUGAUGAAGACGAACGGAUAGCUUCAACUGCUGCCACCACAUUUGUGCAGCGCGAAGUAGACAAUGUUUUCAUGCUAUCAGGAGGAUUAAAGGUUCUUAGUCAAAAGUUCCCCAAAGGUAUUAUGAGUGGAUUAUUGCCAGACAGUUGCAAGGCAUCAUCAAAUGGCCAAUCCUUAGCACACAAAGCUAAGUCCCGUCCAUCCACUCAGCUUGCUGGCCAAGCAGUUACUCAUCCAAGCAUGUUUUUACCUGAACAUCUUGACAAAUUACAAGACCAACUAGAUGAUAUUUUACUUUUGGAAUCAGACUCCUCUUCUCGGUUGAGUAGUAGAAGUACAACUUCUCGUCUUCCAAGCUCUCGUAGUACAACGGCUACAUCAACAAGAACAGGAUCAGGUAGCAGAAUACCAAGUAGUGCACGUAGCACUAGUAGCCAGCCACCAUGGAAAUAAGUGGUUUGACCGAUUUUUGUAAUUGUUUGCUGUGUACUUCAUUAUACGAGACUGUAGCUUCUUAUUAGAAUAUGCACAUUUCUCUAAUGAUACAUACAUAUAUUCACUAGUCUUCUA